AUGCCAACAGCCAUCUCAGAUACCUCAUAUGCCAUCAUACUUACAUUUAAUCUAAGAAAUAUCAACAUUCCAGAGGAUCCAGCCCUAAGAGACAACUCAUACCAGCAAGUGCAGGAUAUCAUCAAUAAUGCGCUGAACACUCUUCUGAAUGAUCCUGGUAGUCACGUUUUGGAACCCAAGUCCUCCAACUUCACGAGCACAUCAAACCAAAUCGAGGGCAUCAUGGAAUACACCUUCCAGGAUGGAGAUGUUAUACAACCAGUCAGCUUCCUAAAUGAGCUUCGUUUACUGAUUGAAUUAACGACAACAACAGUGUCUCCAUUUACAACGUUCAUCUCCCCUGUGACUCCUCUAAUCCUUGUAUCUGGUUCCGCAGUAGUGACAAGCAAACUGAUGUUCAACUCCUCAUCUUCAGUCCCCAGUGAUGCUCUGGUCCUCAGUGCCAUCAGUACUCUCCGGAACUCCAGAGAGUCACAGCUCAACGAAUCAGUGAAGCUGAUGAAUGUCAGCUAUGAGAAAAUCUCCGAAACCUCGUAUGCCAUCAUACUUACAUUUAAUCUGAGUAAUAUCAGCAUUCCAGAGGAUCCAGCCCUAAGAGACAACACAUACCAGCAAGUGCAGGAUAUCAUCAAUAAUGCGCUGAACACUCUUCUGAAUGAUCCUGGUAGUCACGUUUUGGAACCCAAGUCCUCCAACUUCACGAGCACAUCAAACCAAAUCGAGGGCAUCAUGGAAUACACCUUCCAGGAUGGAGAUGUUAUACAACCAGUCAGCUUCCUAAAUGAGCUUCGUUUACUGAUUGAAUUAACGACAACAACAGUGUCUCCAUUUACAACGUUCAUCUCCCCUGUGACUCCUCUAAUCCUUGUAUCUGGUUCCGCAGUAGUGACAAGCAAACUGAUGUUCAACUCCUCAUCUUCAGUCCCCAGUGAUGCUCUGGUCCUCAGUGCCAUCAGUACUCUCCGGAACUCCAGAGAGUCACAGCUCAACGAAUCAGUGAAGCUGAUGAAUGUCAGCUAUGAGAAAAUCUCCGAAACCUCGUAUGCCAUCAUACUUACAUUUAAUCUGAGUAAUAUCAGCAUUCCAGAGGAUCCAGCCCUAAGAGACAACACAUACCAGCAAGUGCAGGAUAUCAUCAAUAAUGCGCUGAACACUCUUCUGAAUGAUCCUGGUAGUCACGUUUUGGAACCCAAGUCCUCCAACUUCACGAGCACAUCAAACCAAAUCGAGGGCAUCAUGGAAUACACCUUCCAGGAUGGAGAUGUUAUACAACCAGUCAGCUUCCUAAAUGAGCUUCGUUUACUGAUUGAAUUAACGACAACAACAGUGUCUCCAUUUACAACGUUCAUCUCCCCUGUGACUCCUCUAAUCCUUGUAUCUGGUUCCGCAGUAGUGACAAGCAAACUGAUGUUCAACUCCUCAUCUUCAGUCCCCAGUGAUGCUCUGGUCCUCAGUGCCAUCAGUACUCUCCGGAACUCCAGAGAGUCACAGCUCAACGAAUCAGUGAAGCUGAUGAAUGUCAGCUAUGAGAAAAUCUCCGAAACCUCGUAUGCCAUCAUACUUACAUUUAAUCUGAGUAAUAUCAGCAUUCCAGAGGAUCCAGCCCUAAGAGACAACACAUACCAGCAAGUGCAGGAUAUCAUCAAUAAUGCGCUGAACACUCUUCUGAAUGAUCCUGGUAGUCACGUUUUGGAACCCAAGUCCUCCAACUUCACGAGCACAUCAAACCAAAUCGAGGGCAUCAUGGAAUACACCUUCCAGGAUGGAGAUGUUAUACAACCAGUCAGCUUCCUAAAUGAGCUUCGUUUACUGAUUGAAUUAACGACAACAACAGUGUCUCCAUUUACAACGUUCAUCUCCCCUGUGACUCCUCUAAUCCUUGUAUCUGGUUCCGCAGUAGUGACAAGCAAACUGAUGUUCAACUCCUCAUCUUCAGUCCCCAGUGAUGCUCUGGUCCUCAGUGCCAUCAGUACUCUCCGGAACUCCAGAGAGUCACAGCUCAACGAAUCAGUGAAGCUGAUGAAUGUCAGCUAUGAGAAAAUCUCCGAAACCUCGUAUGCCAUCAUACUUACAUUUAAUCUGAGUAAUAUCAGCAUUCCAGAGGAUCCAGCCCUAAGAGACAACACAUACCAGCAAGUGCAGGAUAUCAUCAAUAAUGCGCUGAACACUCUUCUGAAUGAUCCUGGUAGUCACGUUUUGGAACCCAAGUCCUCCAACUUCACGAGCACAUCAAACCAAAUCGAGGGCAUCAUGGAAUACACCUUCCAGGAUGGAGAUGUUAUACAACCAGUCAGCUUCCUAAAUGAGCUUCGUUUACUGAUUGAAUUAACGACAACAACAGUGUCUCCAUUUACAACGUUCAUCUCCCCUGUGACUCCUCUAAUCCUUGUAUCUGGUUCCGCAGUAGUGACAAGCAAACUGAUGUUCAACUCCUCAUCUUCAGUUCCCAGUGAUGCUCUGGUCCUCAGUGCCAUCAGUACUCUCCGGAACUCCAGAGAGUCACAGCUCAACGAAUCAGUGAAGCUGAUGAAUGUCAGCUAUGAGAAAAUCUCCGAAACCUCGUAUGCCAUCAUACUUACAUUUAAUCUGAGUAAUAUCAGCAUUCCAGAGGAUCCAGCCCUAAGAGACAACACAUACCAGCAAGUGCAGGAUAUCAUCAAUAAUGCGCUGAACACUCUUCUGAAUGAUCCUGGUAGUCACGUUUUGGAACCCAAGUCCUCCAACUUCACGAGCACAUCAAACCAAAUCGAGGGCAUCAUGGAAUACACCUUCCAGGAUGGAGAUGUUAUACAACCAGUCAGCUUCCUAAAUGAGCUUCGUUUACUGAUUGAAUUAACGACAACAACAGUGUCUCCAUUUACAACGUUCAUCUCCCCUGUGACUCCUCUAAUCCUUGUAUCUGGUUCCGCAGUAGUGACAAGCAAACUGAUGUUCAACUCCUCAUCUUCAGUCCCCAGUGAUGCUCUGGUCCUCAGUGCCAUCAGUACUCUCCGGAACUCCAGAGAGUCACAGCUCAACGAAUCAGUGAAGCUGAUGAAUGUCAGCUAUGAGAAAAUCUCCGAAACCUCGUAUGCCAUCAUACUUACAUUUAAUCUGAGUAAUAUCAGCAUUCCAGAGGAUCCAGCCCUAAGAGACAACACAUACCAGCAAGUGCAGGAUAUCAUCAAUAAUGCGCUGAACACUCUUCUGAAUGAUCCUGGUAGUCACGUUUUGGAACCCAAGUCCUCCAACUUCACGAGCACAUCAAACCAAAUCGAGGGCAUCAUGGAAUACACCUUCCAGGAUGGAGAUGUUAUACAACCAGUCAGCUUCCUAAAUGAGCUUCGUUUACUGAUUGAAUUAACGACAACAACAGUGUCUCCAUUUACAACGUUCAUCUCCCCUGUGACUCCUCUAAUCCUUGUAUCUGGUUCCGCAGUAGUGACAAGCAAACUGAUGUUCAACUCCUCAUCUUCAGUCCCCAGUGAUGCUCUGGUCCUCAGUGCCAUCAGUACUCUCCGGAACUCCAGAGAGUCACAGCUCAACGAAUCAGUGAAGCUGAUGAAUGUCAGCUAUGAGAAAAUCUCCGAAACCUCGUAUGCCAUCAUACUUACAUUUAAUCUGAGUAAUAUCAGCAUUCCAGAGGAUCCAGCCCUAAGAGACAACACAUACCAGCAAGUGCAGGAUAUCAUCAAUAAUGCGCUGAACACUCUUCUGAAUGAUCCUGGUAGUCACGUUUUGGAACCCAAGUCCUCCAACUUCACGAGCACAUCAAACCAAAUCGAGGGCAUCAUGGAAUACACCUUCCAGGAUGGAGAUGUUAUACAACCAGUCAGCUUCCUAAAUGAGCUUCGUUUACUGAUUGAAUUAACGACAACAACAGUGUCUCCAUUUACAACGUUCAUCUCCCCUGUGACUCCUCUAAUCCUUGUAUCUGGUUCUGCAGUAGUGACAAGCAAACUGAUGUUCAACUCCUCAUCUUCAGUCCCCAGUGAUGCUCUGGUCCUCAGUGCCAUCAGUACUCUCCGGAACUCCAGAGAGUCACAGCUCAACGAAUCAGUGAAGCUGAUGAAUGUCAGCUAUGAGAAAAUCUCCGAAACCUCGUAUGCCAUCAUACUUACAUUUAAUCUGAGUAAUAUCAGCAUUCCAGAGGAUCCAGCCCUAAGAGACAACACAUACCAGCAAGUGCAGGAUAUCAUCAAUAAUGCGCUGAACACUCUUCUGAAUGAUCCUGGUAGUCACGUUUUGGAACCCAAGUCCUCCAACUUCACGAGCACAUCAAACCAAAUCGAGGGCAUCAUGGAAUACACCUUCCAGGAUGGAGAUGUUAUACAACCAGUCAGCUUCCUAAAUGAGCUUCGUUUACUGAUUGAGACAACACAUACCAGCAAGUGCUUAACCACAACCAGUACUCCGACUACAAAGACAACUUCUCCACCGACAGUGCUUGGGAGGGCAGUUAUUUACAUUCGCCUCAUCUUCAUCACACUGGGUCCCGUACCAAGUGAGAGUGAAGUUCUGCUGGUGGCAAACAAUCAACUUGAAUCACGUCUCAGAACUAAGCGAUCUGUCUCAACACAAGACCUGAGUGAUCCUGUGAGCUUUGUGAAUGUCACCUAUCAGAGAAUUUCUGAUAACUCCUAUGCUAUCAACUUUGGAUUUGAAAUCAGUAAUGUCAUCAUGACUGAGAAACUGGAACUCAGAGAUGAAACCUACACAUCAAUUCAGAACUCUAUUAAUAAAUUGCUGAACCAGAUCCUAAGUUCCCCCUCAGCUACUCCAUUUGUUUUCAAACGAGCCAAUUUCACGGGUAACUCCACUGUGAUUCAGGCAGAUGUACAGUAUGUUUUCUCAGAAAGUGACAUCCAGACACCCAGCAUCUUUCUCCAGGAACUUCUCAAAGUUAAUGUUGUUACCACACCCGCACCUGCUGUAACUUCUCCACCGACUGUGGUUGGGAAGGCGAUUAUUUACAUUCGCCUCGUGUUCAUCACGCUGGGUCCCAUACCAAGUGAGAGUAAAGUUCUUGAGUUGGCUAACUCUCUACUCGACUCACGUCUCAGAACUAAGCGAUCUGUCUCAACACGAACCCUGAGUGAUCCUGUGAGCUUUGUGAAUGUCACUUUUCAGAGAAUUUCUGAUAACUCCUAUGCUCUCAAAUUUGGAUUUGAAAUCAGUAAUGUCACCAUGACUGAGAAACUGGAACUCAGAGAUGAAACCUACACAUUAAUUCAAAACUCUAUUAAUAAACUGUUGAACCAGAUCCUAAGUUCCCCCUCAGCUACUCCAUUUGUGUUCAAAAGAGCCAAUUUCACGGGUAACUCCACUGUGAUUCAGGCCGAUGUACAGUAUGUUUUCUCAGAAAGUGACAUCCAGACACCCAGCAUCUUUCUCCAGGAACUUCUCAAAGUUAAUGUUGUUACCACACCCGCACCUGCUGUAACGCCCAACACUACAGUCCCCAACAACGGUACUAGUGCAGCAUGGGUUGUGGCUAUCAUUGUCCCUUGUGCUAUCGUCAUCAUACUUGUCCCUUGCUGGAUUCUCCUUUGUUGUUUGCUCUGUGGUUGCUGUGCAGCAAUUAGAAGACGUUGGCAAAGAAGACAGUCAUAUAAUGUACAGUACACCACUCGAAACAGCCUCUUCUAGAGAUCUUAAGUGAGAAAAAAGAAAUGGGCACCACUCUGCAAUGAAAACAAAAAUCAUCAAAUGAACUGAUUUUUUUUUUUUUUUUUCAUUCAUGAAGGCCAAAUUUUGGAUAUUAGCAAUUAAUAGUUCCUUUAUGUUAUAUAUCAUAUUGAAUUGAAUGCAUUGAAGCUUCUUUUAUAAAUGAUUUAUUUUAUUGUGCCUGUGUUGCUAGACAUGCAGGAUCUCCAUAAAAAUAAAUGUGACAUGUUUUCAAGCUUUCUUUGUAGUAUACGUUAUCAUGAUUCUUAAUUUAUUUAUUUGUAUUUAUUUGUAAUUAAUAUUUUUAACAAUAUAAAAAUGUUAUAUACAUGUAUUUGACAUGAAACGUCAUUUAAAGGGACGAAGGUGGAACAUUUUAAAUAUUUGUUUUUUAUUUUUUCAAACUGCAUGCACUUUAUCUAUAUACGGUACACCUACAGCAAAUACAUGUUCUGCAAGUUACAAACAAACAUUUUUAACUGUAAAAACUUCAA